AUCCUGUGUCUUGGCCUCCCCAGAAGCGGCACUUUAUCUAUUGUCACUGCACUUCGGCAGCUGGGCUUCACAUAUGCCCAUCACGGCGCGGAACAAGUUUUCAACUCUGCAAACUGGGCAGCCUCUAUACGUGCCUCACAGGCUUGCUUUCCUGUAUGGCAAGGGGCUAGCAAACGUGAAUCUCCGCCUUUUACCAAAGCCGACUGGGACGCAUUUUUAGGACAUUACCAAGUCGUCAGUGAUUUUGCUGGCUUCUACGGAGAACAUAUAUCAAGAGUGUACCCAGGGGCUAAGGUUAUUCUUGUUCAGCGCCCAUUUGACUCUUGGUAUCCUUCUUUCGACGCGGCGAUUCUGCAGGCGCUCUUUCAGCCAGUUCGUGCGUUUCUUUUUCAGCGAAUCAUCGCGCCUAUCACAGGAAUCACUGCUUUCGCGGCGCAUCCUUAUAUCGUGUUUGGAAGCUUUAAUGCGCGCAAUGUACGGGAGACGAGAAACAACGCUCGAGCGGUAUACGAAGAACACUACACCACCAUAAGAAAGAUUGUUCCGCCGGAGAAUUUACUCGAGUUUAAUCUUGAAGAUGGUUGGGCUCCCCUGUGCGCCUUUCUUGAUAAAGAGGUUCCCGACAUUCCAUUUCCAUACGUAAAUGAUCGA